GAGCCACAUAAACUGAAUAGGAAACUCCACCCCUGGACAAGACCGCAUGGCUCUUCCCGUGUUCCAAACAUUAAGAAAAUGUGAAAGGUCGGGAAGUGUGUGUCUUUACACACCCCUUGCUAUCUGGUGCGCAGAAUGCAACGUCAUAGUCACCGGGCCCGACCAGCCGUGGACGCCGAGCCAGCAGCUGGACUGGCGGCCAGUAGCGCCCUCUACGCAACAUCAGUUUCCGUCACCACCGCCAGAGCGCGGUGAGGUGGUAUUCAGCGUGCAAUCGGCGGCGAUUGGUCUGACCGUGCAUCUGCACUCGGACCACCUGCCCGGCGCGUACCGGAUCGAAGCCGACGCCGGCGGCUGGCGCGUGUUCCGCGUGUUCGUGGGCGCGCGCCAGCUGCUGCAGGCGGGCCCGCCGUCCGCCGACUCGGCGGUCCUUGCCGACGCAUGGACGUCCUAUCUGGUCUCCGCCAGCGACGACGGCCGGCUGCGGCUUCUGCGGCUGCACGAUAAUGGCACGAGCAGCGCGUGGCUGGACGUGUUCGACCCGGACCCGCUGCCCGUGGACCGUGCGGCGAUCCGCACGCUGGAGGCGCCUCCGGCCCUGCCAGGCACCCCGGGGAGCGGCGUCGGGCUCGGCGACGCCUGGAGCUUCUGGAAGUUCGACUGCAGCCCGUUCGACCACCAGCGAGAGCCCCUGUGCCACAUCUGGCCCAGCUGGAGUGCGGUGAUGCCGGUCCAGUUCCACAUCUCCUCCGCGCGCAUCAGCCCCGUGGUGAACCUCAACCUGCACGUGCAAACGUCCUCCACCGCCGAGUUGCUGCUGCUGGAGACGCCCGAGCGCUACUACGUCGUCUCGCUCUCGGCGACGGAGCUGAGGCUGAGUCGCGCCGAGCUGGGCGCCACCGUGCCUCGCCUGGUGUCGCGGACCUGCCUGGCCCCGGCGUCGCCGUCGGCGCGCCGCCGCUUCCGCCUCGUUUGGGUCAGCGUGCUCGCCGGCUUCAUCAGCGUGGGGGUGGACGAGCCCGCCUCGCUUAUCCGGCCCUGCGAGGAGGAGGUCGGUCGGGCCGAGCGGGCAGAGUCAGCUGCGGGACAGCCGCCGCCGACCGAGCUGACCGAGGCGGCGACGGAGGGGGGCGCAGGCCUGGAGGAUGCCACGUCUGAGAGCACACGGCUGGAGGAGGCCACGGGUGCGGAGGCGACGGCGACGGAGGAGGAGGUCGAGGUCACAACGCUCAAGAACGAGGCGGAGGAGCCGACCACAAGCGGGCCACCGCCGUCGACGACGACAGAGGGCGCCGCUGAGCGUGCCACCUUCCUCAGAUGGCAGGACGGCCGCGUCUACUGGGUGAACAAAUACGGCUUCCGGACGGUCGGCGGUCAGGGCCGCUGGGCCGUGGACUGCAAGCCGGGUGCAGAUGGGCGAAGCACCGACGAAGAGAGUGGUCGUCACAACUUCCAGUCGAACACAGGGAUCAUCUCUUUCCACGCACUGAAACCUGAGGGGACCUUGAGUGAAAGCGAUGAAGACCCGGACAUCGACACGGGCUCCGACGUCAGCGACGACCGCGAGCAGGGCCUGGCAUCGUCGCAGCACUUCCAGCUGGCGACGGUGGUGCUGGCGGUGCUGAGCACCGUGCUGCUGCUGGUGUCGGCGACGCUGGCCAGCGUGGUCAUAAGCCAGCGGCGGCGGCGAGCGCUGGAGCUGCUCGGGCGUCGUCUCUCGCUGGGCGGAGCCGAUCAGUUCGCCGCACUGACUGACCACGGCCACCAAUACGCCGAGGUACACCUUUACGAGGACCUGCGGCCGAUGAGCGUGCGGGACGGCGGCAGCUCGUUCAAGCCGGUCCGGCACGAGACUACGCCCUUGUUCACCCGCGCGCCGUCCCCCGACCAGCUGCCCCCGCCGCCGGACGACAUGUGACGGGUGUCGUCAAUCCUCCCGGGCCCAGUCCUCCCGGGUCCCAGUCCCCCGGGUCCCAGUCCCCCGGGUCCCAGUCCUCUCGGGUCCCAGUUCU